AUGGCUGGGUCUAAGGUAGUAGUACUUAGCUUCGUUGUCCUCCUAGUCAUAGGAGUAGCCAAUGCAAGGCCGAAAAAAUAUGCUAGCGCUGGGGGCGAAGGCGGUGGCGGUGGAGGUGGAGGUGGCUCGCCAGGGGGUGGUUCUGGUGGGGGAUCUGGCUCUGGUUCUGGGUAUGGGCAGGCAAGCGGGCCUGGUGGAGCAUAUGCUAGUGGUGGCGGUGGUGGAGGAGGUGGUGGCGGUGGGUCCAAUGGUGGAUCUGGAUAUGGUUCAGGUUCAGGGUCUGGGUAUGGUCAAUCAGGGGGUUAUGGGCCAUAUGGAGGAGGAUAUGCUCAAGGUGGGGGAGGCGGCGGCGGCGGUGGUGGUGGACAAAACGGUGGAUCAGGAUCAGGAUCUGGUUCAGGAUCUGGAUCAGGUCAGGCUGGAGGAUACGGACCUUACGGAAGUGGAUAUGCUCAGGGUGGGGGAGGCGGUGGUGGAGGUGGUGGUGGACAAAACGGUGGAUCAGGAUCGGGAUCUGGGUCAGGAUCUGGAUCAGGUCAGGCUGGAGGAUACGGACCUUACGGAGGUGGAUAUGCUCAGGCAGGAGGACAAGGUGGCGGCGAAGGUGGCGGACAAAGUGGUCCAGGGGGCAGUGGAUAUGGUAGUGGCUCGGGAAGUGGAUCAGGAAGCGCUGGUCAUCCAUAG